AUGUUAUUUUCACUACUCUAUGUUGUCUCUGGUAAGAGUUAUGAAAAACCUGCGAAAAAGCUGCUGACCGAGUCUAUGGGACAGGAGGUGAUCGAAAUUGGGACUCCUAUAAAAGAACUGCCAAUGGGUUUAGAGGAAGAACCUUCGGCUGAUGAAGAUGAUGAGAAGAAGAUCACCACCAGCACUCCACCGUCAUCAAAUAAAAAGGAUUCUAAGAAAGCCACUCAUACCACUGUCAAGAAAGAAGUGAAGCAUGUUGAGAAGACAGACAGUUUAAACGCUGAUGAAGAUGAAGCUAGGAUAGAGAAGGAAUUGGCUGAAAUAUACAAGGAUACCGCAGAUUACAAGAGUGACAGUUCUGAGGAGAAAGACGUGGCUUCAGAAACGUCUGUGGAACAGCAUACUCAAGAAUCUACCACUACUAAUAAACCUGAUAACCUAGAGGAAACUGACAAUACUGAUAAUACUGAUAAACCUUUAGUAAGGCAGAAUUACCGGAAAGCCAACAACUUGAAGUUUGAACCGGACUCGACUCGCAAGUCGGAUGUGGAGAGGUUCAGGACAUCCGUGGACGAUAUCAAUUGUAAUGUCAGACAGAAAUUAGUUGGCAAUCCGCCAACGGAUGGAGCAUUUGACACGUUCAACCACGGAAUAUCAAUAAUUAUAACUACCCUAUGCUUUGUUUUUAUAUGUAUUUAAUUAGCCUGUAUAUUUUUCACUUAUAAAAUAUAUCGAUUCACUUACUAAAUUAUAGAAUUCUCUAACUUUUUAACAGACUACAGUUAGGUGUUCAACAGGGAGCAAUAUUGGGUCCGCCGUUAAUUUCAAAUUGAAAUUGUUUUAAAUAUAGAAGAGGGAUCCCGAAUGACUGUUUCGAAAGGCAUUUUCAACUGUAGGCCUGGGUUUCAUUGAUCAUCUUUGGCAGUCGUUACAGGUAGUCAGAAGCCAGUAAAUCUGACAACCAGACUUACCAAGGAGUAUUCUGUUGCCCGGGUAACUGGGUUGAGGAGGUCCUGUAGGCAGUCGCUCCUUGUGACACACUGGUACUCAGUUGCACCCGGUUAGCCUGGAAGCCGAACCCUACAUAGUUGGGAAAAGGCUAGACUGAUCUUGUACGUCUCGAAUUCUUAAUUUUAGUAAGUGUAUCGAUAUAGAAAGUUGUGUUUUUAUAAA